AUGACACCGGAGGUUGACAGUUUAACAGCUUUGAAGAAUUUGAUAUUGCAUUCCGUCGGGCAGCAAGUGGAAAAAAUGGUGAAAAAAAUUUACUACAGAUAUUCGACCGAAGUAAAUGACAGUUUGUUUUAUAAAAGGUACCGUUUGCGCGACUACGAUGACGUACGUCUCAUAUGGUCGUGGCACAACCGAUGGACAAAUAUUCAUUUGUUGGAAUUAUUCGUGUAUCUCGUUGAGGUGGGUGGCCGAGGAUCAUCUGCAGAUACUGUCGAUAAUAAUCUGUUGAAUGGAGCUGUUAGACAAACUAUUAGAAGGACUAUGGUGGAUCUAAAUAUGCCACCCGAGGGAAGUCAGAAGGGGUCUAAUAUUGAAGCUCGUAAUGCUGACUUGAUGGACGAUGGAGUUGAAAGUCAUGAUGGUUCUGUUGUUAGAGAUCCGAUGAUGGAUCAAUAUGAAGUUAACCCUGAUGACGAAAACGUUGCCGAUGAAAAACCAGCUGAAAUUCCCGAUGAUGGUGACGAGGAAGAUGAAAUGAAUUACUACGGUGACACUCAAAUCACUAUUACACAGCCCGCCAUCUCUCAACCAUAUGACCGGCCGAAUCAUUUCACGAGGUUGAAUCUCGAUGCAAUGACUUCGGAUUGGUCGUCCACCCAGGAAGGCCCUGAAGAGGAUCCAAGCAAUGAAUUUGAGGUUGGACAACAAUUUAAGGACAAGGAAGAAGUUAUGUUGGCAGUUAAGCAGUACAACAUUAGGAGGGCUGUGGAUUACAAAAUAGUUGAGAGUGACCAGUUGAGACAAGACCAUGGUAGGUUGGAUUCGAAGGUCAUUGCGCAACACAUCUUCACGAUGGUCAAAGCCGAUCCAACAAUCAGCAUCAGGGUUCUCCAAGGAGGUGUGGAGAACCACUUUGGUUACAAGGCGUCUUACAGAAAGGUUUGGCUUGCAAAACAGAGAGUAAUCGCCCGAAUAUAUGGCGAUUGGGAUGAGUCAUACAACGAGCUUCCUCGUUGGUUAUUCGUGAUACAAAUGUAUUUUCCUGGUAAGAUUUAUUUCAAUGUUGGUUAUUCACCGUUAAGAAAUUCAUGUGUGUACAGUAAGGCAACUAAAUUUGUCUCUUUAGGUACUUGGGUGCAACUGGUGACUCAGCCUUGGCCUGGUUCCACAGAUACUGUCAUGUUUCAUCGAGUCUUUUGGACAUUUCCACCGUGUAUUGAGGCUUUCAAGCAUUGCAAGACACUUAUUUCCAUUGAUGUGCACCUGAGAGUUAGAGGCAUCUGGGAACAGGAUACCCCUAUCAGCUGCACGAUGUACCCUCUCGUGCAUCUCAUCAAGUGCUCCUCUGAGGCGUCCUGCUCCAGCUCUCCGCAAACUGUGUUCUAG